UUCAAAAAUUUCGUUUUGAUAUUUGUCAGUUUCCAAACUUUUGAACUUUUUAACACCUUUAGCAAAAUAGUUUGAUUAUUUUCGGGAACUUCUAACCAGAAGUGGAAAGCAUUUUAUAGCUGGAUAAAGCCCCACUCUGGCAUACUGAUCUUCACACUUUUAACUUAUCUUGCGGCCUUCGCAUCAGUUCACUUUCGGAUCAUCUGAUUUCAUUCAUUUUAUGAUUUUUAUCGAAGAACAAUGAUACCGAGAUCGGCAGCAACAAUAUUAGUGAACAGUAGUACUGUUCUCAAUCGGUUAUUAAAAAUCCAGCCAGUUGUCACACAAUCCCAGCGCACAGUGCUCCUGCGCCCGGAGUACUGGUACUUUAUCGACACCGAGGGAAAUCUGCAGUCCACUAAACGCCGCGUACGCUAUCUCGAUCAGCCACCAGUGGAAGAGCAGAUCGCGGCGACAUUUUCCUUGGCGAAUGUUGAGAAGCUUCUGCAGGAGAUGCAAGGCGACUUGCCGCUUGAAGCUAUGCCAAAUCCCUACAAGAAGGAAAGAGAACGAUGUAUUUUGUGUAAAUACAACAUUGAACUGGAUUACAAGAAUGCGCGUCUGAUAUCGCAGUUUGUUUCACGUUACACCGGCUUGAUUUAUGAACGCCAGACCACGGGACUGUGUCGGAUGCAGGAUGAGAAGCUGCGGCAUUGCCAUAAGGAAGCUUGUAUUGCUGGGUAUAUGCCCCGCUCAUUGGGCGUAACGGAACCUGUUUUUCUUCAUGAUCCGAAGUUGUUCGAUCCCUUUGUGCCAAAGAGAAAAAGCUGAUCUGGACGUCUUCAGUUUUUCUUGUUUUCUGCCACGCGUUGUAUGAAAAUGUUAAUUAUGAAAUUUGCUUGCUUUUUCGAAGCCAAUGGGACUGGUAGUUUACAAGCUUAAAACUGCGCUUCCUGUUGGAUUAAACGGUGAUUUAUUGUAACUUACAUGUUGGAAAGAAAUGGCCAUGUUAAUAAAAAGCCUC